GCUAAGCAAAUUACACUUUCUUACUUAGUUCUCAAGGUAUUAUUGUGUGAAAGAGUAGUGAAUAGAGAAGUAAAUUCAGCAUUCAUAUUGUGAUAAUGGGUGGCAACAAGCAAAAGAAAGGCUUCUCCGUUUUCAGCAUGUUCAAAUCAAUGAGGUCUAGAAGAUCUUACUCAUGGGAGGAUAACGCAGAAAGUGGGGGAAGGGUGUGGGCUAGCGAUGAAGACAAAGGUUCUUGGGUUGCUGAGCCUGGUAUUGACAGGAAAGCUCAAGAUUUCAUUGCCAAAGUCCACGCGAAUCGCUUCUCGGAAUCUGAACAUGCUGUUUAUCAAUCUGGAGCUGCAAUUGGGAAAGCUUGAACAUCAUAUCAGAUAUAGCUACUUUCAUUUACUUGUCAAGUGUUAUAUCAGUUUAUUAAUUUCUUGUAUGUCUUUGUUAUUUCUUCACAUCUCUCUUAACCUUUCUCUGUAGAAAAUGGUGUGCUUAAUGUAUUUGAAAUUGCGAGCAAUUGAUGCAUACAUACCAAUAAAGUCGGGUGAAUUUGAGCCCUUGUUAUUGCAA